AUGUCUGUGUUCACAGAGAGGUUCCAUGUGCUUGGCCCCUCAAAGCCCAUUGUGGCAGAGCUGGGCAAGGAUGCCACACUGCCCUGCUCCCUGUACCCAGCAAUGAGUGCAGAGAACAUGGAGUUGAGGUGGUUCCAGUCCAAUGUCUGGGAGUCAGUGUUUGCCUAUCAAGACCGACAGGAGCAGAAUGAGGAGCUGAUGGCCCAGUACAAAGGGAGGACCUCGCUGGUGGGGAAAUUCCUCAGCAAGGGGGAGGCCGCUGUGCGUAUCCACAAUGUCCAAGUGUCUGACAACGGGCUGUACACCUGCUUCUUCAGCAACGGAGUCUUCAGUGACCAAGCCAGGUUGGAGCUGCAGGUGGCAGGUUGGUGA